AUGUCCACAGACAGUGCUUGUCGACUUCAGGUUAGUCUCACCGUUAACACUUCACCCAACAUUGCUAAACCGUUUCAUUUGGGACACUUUCGUGCAACGGUGACGGGCAAUUUUAUUCGUAAUGUGAACGAGGCAAUGCAUCAUCGGGUCGUGGCUAUCAACUAUUUGGGUGAUUGGGGAACGCAAUUCGAUAUUUUGGCUCGCGCUUUUCAACAAUACGGAUCGUGGGACAAAAUGAAUGUGGAUCCAAUGCGACAUUUACAGGAGAUCUAUGUUCGGACAAACAUGGAAGACAAGACAUCCCCGAAUACGGCAACCUCCAAUCCUGUCCAGUCCUUUUCCGAUUCCGAUCGGAUGGCUUGGUGGGCUAAAGUUCGUCAGAUAACGAUCGAUCAUCUCGCUGAAACGUAUGCGCGUAUGAAUGUCCACUUCACCGCGUUCGAAUACGAAUCGGAUUAUGUGGAUGCGGCCAAACGUUUGGUCGACCGACUCCGUGCGCGCGGAUUGGCCGUGAAUGACAGGUAG